GUACAAAUAAGAUGUCAGUUUCAGGACAUAGAAGAGUAUCAGAGGAGAUAAAUCAGAUUCUGAAGUUAUUUAUGCAUCCAGUCCAAUGAAUGUAGCUCGAGUAAUCCUUGCUUUAGUAUUCUGCAUAUGUUUCACUCUCUCAUAUUUCACAAAUAAGUAUGUCCUGUCUGUCUUGAAAUUCACAUUUCCAACCAUUUUUCAGGGGUGGCAAACCUCAACAGGGUUUCUAUUGCUACUGGUUACCUGGAAACUGGGUUUGGUUGAAAUCAAUGGCUUGUCCAGAUCUGCGGUGUUUUCUCAGCUCCCUGGGUCUUUCUUAUUUAUUGGAAACAUUUAUGCUGGGUCCAAAGCCCUGUCGCUUCUGCCCAUUCCUUUCUUCUUCGUGUUACAAAACGUCUCCGAGUUCUUCGCGUUUCUCACUGUAAUCUUCACUCGGCGAGAGAAAGCCACAUGGAGGAAAUUAUUAAGUGUGUGUAUGUUGCUGGGUUCUGCUACGAGUCUGAUUGUGUACAAUCCUCGGUUUGGUCCCAGUGGUUACACGUGGGCCUUCAUCCAUCUGUUCUGUGUAGGCGCGUAUAAAGUAUUCCAGAAGAACUCAAAGACCAGCCAUCUGAGUGAUCUGGAAGAGCAGUUUAUUAACUAUAUGAGCAGUGCAUUAUUACUCGCCUCUCUAUCAUACUCGACAGGUGAUCUCUUUGGUGCUUUAGACUUUCCUCUACUGACCUCAUACGUCUUUCACGCUGGCUGCUUGGGCAGUGCUGUGUUUGGCUUUCUGCUGAUGUUGGUAACUGUGAGGUUGAGGGACAGUCUGCCUCAGGAUCAUUGUGGGCUCUGGUUCUUCCUGGCCAAGGUAUUGGCUUCAGGUCUUUCCUUUUAUCUCUCCACAUUCAACACUGUGGUCAGUCCCGUAACAUUCUGCAGCGUCGUGUUGAGCUACGCCGGCGAGGCCUUGUUUCUAUAUUCUGACAGAUUUCAAUAAGACUGUGAGAUGAAUGUGUCCAGUGCAUUUGAAGAUUCGCCACCAGUCCGUCUAUUCUUAAUCUGUAUAAAACACUCUAAUCUUCAUUUAUAAUCCAGUUUGACACAUAAACUUGAAGAACCAUAACAAAGACAGCAGUUAAUGAGAUUAAAGAGACAUGAACACAGCAGAUAGGAUUGCUCAGUGAUGAAUUAUGUUUAUAUAUCAUUGUGUUUUUUCUGUAAAUACAUGAAAUCUUGUUUUUCUGUAUUCUGUUUAUUCCCAGAUCUAUUUCAGCACAAAACCUUCAGAUUACUUUAAGUGUUCAAUGUUUGGACAUAAUAUUAUCCUGCAGUAUUGUGGAUUGCAUCAUGAAUGUCACCCUUUUGUUAUUAAUUUGUUGUAGAGAGGAAAACAUAUCCUCAGUGGUUCAUGUAUUUUAAUACCUCUUUACAUAAUAGCAGUCCUUAUAAAGAUUUGUUGUACUUUUUUUACAUAGUUAUUAUAAUUUUUAAAAGCAUUAGGGUUUCUCAUAUCUCUUCCAAUACUGUCACGUUGGUACUGUAACUCAUAUGAGCUGAAUGACAUUUACUGUAUUUCAAACUACAUUACAACGUAUGUUAUUGUUUUUCCAAAGCCUGCACAUCUAUUUAAAUCUUUGCAUUAUAAGUCAGAGAAUAGUGCCUUCUUUGACCUUUUUAAGUUCACCCAAAAAUAUUUUUUUAUCAUUUAUUUACCUUA